UGUAGCAAUUUAGAGGAGGCGCGUGCUGGAAAUCCCACAAUCAGCAAAGAGCUAAGCAGAAGCGCGCGGUCCCGCGUGUAGCUCAACGCAGACGGAGAUUGAACGCGAUUUCAACAGUUUUAAAGACGAACGAAUACCGUGCAUGGUCCGACUGUUAAAGAGCGUCUUACGGAUAACGGAGACCAUGUGAAAGCGUCUUCGUGCAGGAACAAGUGAAAGUUUAGACUGUGUUGUUUGUGGUCCAACCCUUGAACAGAAGAGGCAAUGUCUCAGCACCAGAAAGCUUACGUCAAUGCCUUUGGAUCCAGUCAAUAGAGCUGCACUGACAUUUUUGGGUCUUCGUGCUGCAUUUAGUCACUAUAGUGGAUGGCAGGCUCCGAGUGAGGAAUGUCUAUGGAGGAGAAGACUGAAGCUCCCAUGUAUGUGUAUGAGUCGACAGUGCAUUGUGCCAACAUCCUCCUGUGCCUAAAUGAACAGAGGAAGCAGGACGUUUUGUGUGAUGUGACGGUGCUGGUGGAGGGGAAGGAGAUCCGUGCACACAGGGCAGUGCUUGCGGCCAGCAGCCAGUAUUUCUCACUGCUGCUCAGGGGUCAGACUGAACAUGAGCCUGUCAUAAGUCUGCCGCAGAAGAUCACUGAGAGAGGCUUUGGCCCGCUCCUGCAGUUCGCUUACACAGCCAAGCUGUUACUAAACAGGGAAAACAUCCAGGAUGUCAUGUGUUGUGCAGAAUUCCUAGGCAUGCACAACCUAGAAGACUCUUGCUUCCUCUUCCUACAGGACCAGAUGAAAAGUGAGGUUGACAACACACACACCAGCCAAAACCCUCCAUCACCUCAACCUUUGAACCAUCAUGGGUCAAAGGGUAUAAACAUGCCACAGGACGAUUCUAAAUCGCCUCUGUUUGGAUCGAGGCUGCACCCCUGUGACCUCAGUCUGUCAAAAAAUGGGGAGGAAUUACAAGCAAGCGGCGACCUGUCAGACCAACCUCAUUAUCCCAAAUAUAGAAAGUAUCAGCACAACAUGAACACCUCCUCAUACAGCAGUACCUCAAACUUGGGCCCGGAUCUCUCCAAAGUGAAAGAAGAACCAACCAGUGGAGAGGAUUUUGAGCCACUGGACGUGUCUGAGGUUGAGCAGGAUGGUUUGGUUAAGGGUAGGGGGACUGAGAUGGACAUCGAGAUGGACAUGGAAAUGGAAUUAGAUGAUCGAAUGCUUAGUUCAACACCCGAUGAACUUCCAGUUAGCAAAUGUUUACCAGUGUGCCUGCGCUCCUUUGUAAAUAAGGAAGUCGCUUCGGAUCAGUGUCUUAUCGCUGAUCUGCAGCGUGCCAACAAGACAUCUCAUGUUACUCAAGGUGAAUUUCAAAAGGACUGUCAGGCUUUCAUUGGGCAACUUGGCAUGGAUUCCUCAAAGAGGGCCGAGAAGUUAACCGAUAACGUGUCCAAAUCACUUUCCUUUGAGAGCGACCGAAGAAGUGUCAUUUUUUCGUCUCGCACCCCCAACCAUCUUUCUGCACCGGCGCAUUCCUACCCUCGUGAAAGUUAUCUUUGUCAGGAUACCUGCGAAGACCCAUGGUCGGGUUCAAGCCAGUCAUUUCCCUGUUCCCAAACGUUGUCCCCCACUUCUGCCUCUCAGGAGCCUCCAAUGUCCUACCGCCGACGCCUGAAGAGCAGCUGUCCAGUGCCCAUUAAAAUGUGUGCCCGCUCCUCUCGUACCGAAAGCCACAUCAGGACCUCCAGUUCUUGUUCUUCCUAUUCUUAUGCUGAGGAUGGCAGUGGUGGUUCUCCUUCCAGCCUGCCCCAGUUUGAGCUCUCUACCUCUCCCUGUUCCACCAUGGAGCGGUGCCUGACACUCGAACACAGGGAGCACAGCAUGUCCGGGCCACCGAAGAUCAAGUGCGAGAAAUUGUAUGACACUAAUUCUAGUGACGAGUCCGGAUCGUUCUCUGAUGGAGAUAGCGAAUCAGGUCCGAGCAAAGAGCGCAGAGAAGAGGUGAAACUGCCUUUUUCGGUAGACCAGAUCACAGAGCUUCCACGGAACGACUUUCAGCUGAUGAUAAAGAUGCACAAACUGACCUCAGAUCAGCUAGAAUUCAUUCACGAGAUGAGACGGCGCAGUAAAAACCGCAUCGCGGCUCAGCGCUGCCGGAAGAGAAAGCUGGACUGCAUCCAGAACCUCGAGCAUGAAAUACAUAAACUGGUGUGCGAGAGACAGAAGCUCCUAACAGAACGACACCAUCUGAAGGUCUGUAUGGGAGAACUCUGGGAAAACUUUUCCUUUUUAUCUCAAGAGGUCUGCAGAGAGGAACAGCAGAGUCCAGGUCAGACACAAACUCUGUAUCAACUGCACCCUGAUUAUUCCAGUUCAGUCAGUACAGACCAUAGUGUCUCUCCCAGUCCCAUCAGUAUAGACCUCACUCUCACCUCCCGUAGCACUUUGGUGACAUCACCAGGGUUAACUGACUGUCAGGCCACAGCUGGGUCACCACACCCACAUGUACGAGCACACGGAGAGGCUGUGACUUGCCAGGAUGCCGUCACCUCUAUGAGGUCAGAGCCGUCGCUUCAGAUGAGCGGUUUGAACGUAACCAGCGAUUUCUGCCAGGAAAUGACUGAGAAGUGCACCACAGAAGAGCCCAAAAAAUGCUGAGUCUAGUGACCUGGAUUUUUAUUAAACAAGACUAUUGGUUCAGUCUUUUUUAAAUGUCACACUUUUUUUACAGAUGUUACAUUUAGUUUGUUGGUACUCUAUAUGGUCAAGUUGUGUCUCAUUUUUAUUGUUUGCACGUGUGGAUGUUGUCAUAUGUGACUCUGGGCCACAAAACCGGUCAUAAGGGUUUUUUUGAAAUGUACAUUUAUACAUCAUCUGAAAGCCGAAUAAAAAGCUUUCCAUUGACGUGUGGUUUGUUGGGAUUAGGGCGGUCACGGUUAUGAAAUUUGGUUGACGGUUAAUUGCCUAAUAAAUUAUGAAGAUUCAUCUGUUUUUGUUUUUUUUUUGCUUUGACAUUUAAUUCUCAUACAUUUUUGUUUGUUUGUUCAUGAAAUAAUUUUCACACCUUGUGAUUAUUUAAAUGAAAUCUUUUGCAAGGUUCACCUGGUAAGUAAAUAUUAAUUCACAUAUCACAUAUUUAAAAGUAAUUACUUAAUGAAAAUAUCUUUCAAAAACGGAAAAUUCUUCAUAAGAAAUAAACACAAAAAAGUGUCUAAGAAUUAAUUAAAAUAAAAAUGCAAUAAAAAACUGACUAUACCAGAACAGGCCUUAAAUAGUAGCCAAUCCUACUAAGGUUGUCUUAGUUCUUCUGGACCACAUGUCUGUAAUGGCUGCAAAAAAAUCAAUUCCUUGUGAAUAGCAUCAUUCACUUCCCUAAAUUAGGAAUUGCUGAUUUGGAAAUGUACGUUUUACCUGGCAGUUCAUACUGCUUAUCAAAGUUUUGCAGCAUUACUUUAAAUGCUGUUUUUUUCCACUGUAUUAAAUGGCUUUGCAAUGUAUCGCGUUACACUGUAAGUUAAGGCGCGCCAUCUGAUACGGUCUCAUUUAUACAGGCAGUGCAGCUCCCCCUUGUGUUUUUUAGAGAGAUGUGCAAUCAUUGUGGUGAUUGGAAAUCAUCACGAUGAGGUUAAACAAUGGCGAUGAGAUGAUUAUUUAAUCAUUGUGACAGCCCUAAUUGCGAUAGGACUGAGAUAUUUGGCCAAGAUACCACUAUGUAAAAAUCUGGAAGCUGAGGGUGCAAACAAAUCAAAAUAUUGGGAAAGUUGCCUUUAAACUUGUCCAAAUGAAGUCCUUAAUAAUUGCAUCCACUCACAUAAAAAAGGUUUUUAUACAUUUACGUUAGGACAUUUACAAAAUAUCUUAAUAGAACAUGAUCUUCACAUAAUAUACUGAUUUUUGGUAUAAAAGAAAAAUCAUUUUGACGCAUAAAAUGUAUAAAAGCUUUUGCUACAAAUAUAUACUACUUAAGGCUACUUUUGUGGUUCAGGGACACAGAUAUUUUAUCAAGUUCUCAAAUUUAUCUCAGGAAAUGCAAUUUUUGUUAUUAUUUUUUGGCAAUUUUAAAGUAUGCAGUAUAUGCAAAUGUGAUAUUGAUGUGUUUAAAAACAGUUUAGACUGCACCAUGUGUUCCAGCAUUCCCAAUGUACAUCAAGAAAAAAACUAUUUAAAUGGCUUGAUUUUUAAUUGAGUUUCUCAGCAAAGAAAAACUAACUGAUGUGAAUAUGAAAUCUUCUAUUAAAUCAGAUUUGAUUUGACUCCACCUCAAUUCAUAUUUAGCUGCAUAUCCUCUUAAAUAUUUUGUGAUGAAGCAUCACUCGAUACAGAAGCAAUUUUUUAAAGAUUUUUUUAAAGCUCAGUUUUCUAGACUGUUAAAAUGAUUGAUCAACGACAUCUGUUGUAUUUACAUGUACAGAUCUCCUUGUUCACUUUGAUAAAUUCAAUCAUUCUGACUUGGUACAUUUUGGCAGCUCUAUAGGGUCUUGUGCACAUGUUUUGAACAUUUUACUGUUGUCAGAUACUGUAUCAAAGCCAAUGAAUGGGUAACAAUUUACAAUAAGGUUGUAUUUGUUAACAUUGGUUAUUGCAUUAGCUAACAUGGACCAAACACCAACAUCAAUUAUUUAAUAGGUUUCUCUUUAUAAUAAGGGUCCAUGAAUCAUUAACUAUUUAAACAUGAACUAAUGCUGAGUUAAGGCAUGUACUAAUCAUAAUCUAAUGAAUAGUCAUCAUUAACUACAACUUGCCUCAUGACUCAACACAUGAAUUCAUUGGAAAUUAAUACAUAAAACAAGAAGUAAUGCUGAGUUAAGGCAUAUACUAAUCAUAAACUAAUGAAGAGUCAUCAUUACUUAACAUGAUUAAUUGUUGUUAAUGUAUUAAUUUACAAUGAAUUCAUGUGUUGAGUCAUGAGUCAAGUUGUAGUUAAUUGUAGUAGUAGCAUUAGUUCAUGUUUAAGAAUUAAUAUAGGUAUUAGUUCAUCAUGAUUCAUGGACCCUUAUUAUAAAGUGUUACCUUUUAAUCUUAGUUUAUGUUAAUUUCAACAUUUACUAAUACUUUUUAAAAUCAAAAGUUGAAACUGUUAACAGUAACAAGGAUUUAAAAAAAGAAACUAUAUUGCUAAUUGUUAGUUCAUGUUAGCCAAUGCAUUAACUGAUGUUAACAAAUACAACCUUAUUGUGUACUAUCUAUGUUAUUUACCCUUCUGUGUUGUGUUUUUGACCUCAUGUGUUUGGGUUAAAUUUUAUUUUGGUUAUAUUCUUGGUUGGUCUGUGGUGUUUUUUAUGUGAAUGACUGCAUUGUCUAAUAUUUUCUUAAUGUUAAAAGUAUGUGUACGCUUAACCCACUCCCUUAGAAAAUGUUUUUUCCUGAUAUAUAUACACAUCUGAAAGGUCUAAAUUCAGUUGACGUUUACUUUUUUUGUAAUUAGUCAUAAAACACUUCUAAACCUUUUACUUAAUAAAUGACAGUUUAAGCCUUAAAAUAAAAAUUAAAAAUCUUUUGUUUAUAACAUUAUUGUAUUGUAAGUGAUCAUGUGAGUUACUCACUCGCCUGCAUACUGUCACAGUACUGAGGUUUAAAACCAUGUCAUUAAUUUAUUUACUUACAAAUGAUAGUAUAUUGCAUGAGAUAUAUUUCUUAAAUUUGUGUGACCCUGGACAACAAAACCAGUCAUAAGGGUCAUUUUUUAUUUGAAAGGUGAAUAAAUAAGCUUUCCAUUGAUGUGUGGUUUGUAAUGAUAGGAAAAUAUUUGGUCGAAAUAUGGAAACAGAGUUUGCAAAAAAAUCUAAAUAUUGAGAAGUUUAAUAAAUAUAUCCAUGUAACAUAAUCUUUAUUUAAUGAUCUUUGGCAUAAAAGAAAAAAUAUCAUUUUUUUGACCUAUACAAUGUAUUGUUGGCAAUUGCUACAAACACACCCAUUAUGACUUGAUUUGUGGUCCAGGGUCACAUAAUAUAUCAACAAACAUGGCAAUCGAAUAACUUUGUUUUAAUUUAAAAUAAAUUAAAUGCAUCACAAAAGUUCUCUUGUAUAUACAUUUGACAACAGGGAUGUUUUUCUUGUGAUUAAAACUAUACUGUAGAUUGAAAUUUGUGUAUAAACACAGCAUUUUAUGAAUUAUUUGUUAUAUUGUGAUGUACCAUGGUGAUAUGAAGGGCGAAUAUGAAUAUUCAUCAUGAGUUUACAUGAAGUGAGGAGAGUCUGAAACAUUCACAGAUCUACCUGUAAUCUCGAUAUACCUCUCAUCUCUGACAAGGUUUGUAGCACAACUGUUUACAACCUUUUAUAAGAUGUUUUACAGUCUUUACUUUUAUGUAGAUUUUGUAUGUAUUGUACAUAAUGAUUCGGUUUAUAGAUAAUUGUUGCAUUCUUUAAAAAUGAUCGUUUUGCUCUUAUUUGGAAAAGUUGACCUCAAUGUUUGUAAUCUUAUGAAACUGUAUUUGUAAAAUACUUGAAUGUGUCCACGUUGAAAAUGUUCUUCUAUUAAAUCGAUAACCAA